GAAGAAGCAGAAAGCAGAAAACUUCCCCAACAUGGCGUCCUCCGUGUUGAAGCGCUGUGUGACUGCAGUUGUCAAAGUUAAACGUUUAUCUUUGUCUCUUUCAGCUAGAAGAUGUUUGCUCUCUGCAUCGUACACAGACACCAAAAUAUGGGAUACAAGAGAGAAGGACCCUCAGAACCUUGCUACGCUUGCCUCCCUUAUGGACAGGACAUAUGAGAGGAAGCUCCCAGUUAGCUCUUUGACUAUAUCACGGUUUGUUGACAACAUAUCAUCGAGAGAGGAAGUUGAUCAAGCCGAGUACUACCUUUACAAGUUUCGUCACAGUCCAAAUUGUUGGUUCCUGCGAGACUGGACAAUUCACAGUUGGAUCAGAAAAUGCCUAAAAUAUGGAGCCAAGGAUAAAGCGUUGUACACACUUAAAAACAAGGUGCAGUUUGGAAUAUUCCCAGAUGACUUCACCUUCAACAUCCUCAUAGACUCCUUCAUUAAGGAUGGCGACUUUAAAAGUGCUUGCUCUGUAGUUGAAGAGGUCAUGUUUCAGGAGGCCUUUGACCUUCCCUCCACACAGAUCCUGUCACUGGUUGCUCUGAGCAAUUACCUGUCAGCCAGACCACAGCUGACUGUAUCCGAGGAGAAGCUUUUGGGAGCAUCACUGUUCCAUUGUGGAAUUAAACAAGAUAACUCUAUUGGACUCAGUGCUCAGCUACUUGGCAAUGCUCUCUUAGGAAAAGUGGAGUUGCUAAAGGGCAUACAUGCUGUGUUCAAAGGCAUGCCACUCCUCUGGACACGUGGAUACAUGGGAAGAGCGCUGGAUAUCAUGGAACGAGUUGCUGCUGCUCCUGGUGAUGCCAAGCUGACUAAAGACACACUGGACAACGUGAACAGUUUGUUACAGGAUCUGUCUUCUGUCUCAGACACUGACUCCUCUGGAGGAGAGGAGUCUGAGGGAGAGGAGGACAAGGAGGAGGACAAGAAGGAUGACACCAUAGAUGAAGACGAUGCGGCAGAGCAGGCUCGACUGCCUCACUAUGCAGAAAGGUUCAAGGACUUGAUGGGUCAACUGGAGUCUCGAGGUAAAGUCGAACCGGCCUCCUUCCAGACUUUGGUGUCAGCUCUAGCUGAGCAGAAGCUGGCUGCUGCUGAGAAAGUGGACCUGGAGCAGUACGAGAGCCGGGUGCAAGCCUGGGAGGAUGAGAAGAGGCAGCUGGUCAAGAAAGAGCAGGAGAACAGGGUCCUGGCUGAACAAGAGAGACAGAAGCGGUUAGCUGCCAAAGCUGCAGCACAGCAGGCAUAAAAGAGAAAGUCAUUAAUUGCUGAAAAAUUAUGUAAAUUAAAAUGUCUCUGUGGACAACUUCUGUGUUCUGUUUGUGUCACAAGUUGUUCAUGCAUUUUUGUAAUAUGUAUUGCUCUGCUACAUGUACUUGUAUCAUUAAAAUAUUCUCUCAAAA